UUAUGUGUUGCUGCUACAGGGAUACCAAGAUGGAAAUCCAGGGGCUUGCUGAUGCCCAAAACACUCACUAUCAACAUGGCGUCCCACGUAGAACAGGUUUGUCUCCGCCGAGAUCAACGAGGGGGGCUUGUUCUAGCGCAAUUUCAAACGAAAACGAAGUGGGGACAGUUUCAGAGUCUCGUAAAACGCACAGUGACAACAACAACAACAGGCCUAGGACGUCUCCAUUUCGCCUACUGGCAGAAAAUGGCAGCGGUGUCUGUCUGCCAGUACUCAAUAAGCCAAACGGUAAGAAUAUUCACAUGCAACUACAGCCUCAAAGCCAUGAGGGGAUUAGUGGGCAUCAUAACGUGACAGCAGUGAAGGACAAGGAUUUUGGCGGGUUACAAACAGCCUCCGACCAAGUCAGAGGUGUUUCAAAGUACGACGUUGAGAAAGAAGAUCGCUCAUUGCAAAUGGCGCUGCCGCUCUUUGACGGGGAAGAUGGCUACUCUGAGCAUUCACAGCAGUGUCAACAGCUAACGUUAAACAAGAGUUUACGGCAGCAACAUCUAGACGGCGCCACCCUUCAGCAGUCACUGGUAAGCGAAAAUACAGUAACACCGAGGAGCAACAAUACAGGCGUAGCCAAGGCCCAAACGGAGGAAUUUUAUGUGGAUUUCAAUGUUGUACAGGAAGGAAAUGUUAAUACGACUCAGAGAGACCAACCAACCUCUUGCUUGACUAAAGAUGGAGAGCGGGUGAACGGUAAGGCCGUUGAAUCCUCUGAAAUCAAGACGUUCAGGUCAAUGGAGGUGCACAGCACACCAUUGCUUUUAGAACCGGAUGACGAGUUGAAUAAUGUCAUUAGCCGAACACUUAAUUCACAACCCGCUCCAUUGUCAGAUGUUAGUUUUAUUGGUGCUUCCGAACGACUUUCGGAUUCUACUCUAACAGACAGAACAAGACGGGGAACAUGUAUUGAUGCUGAAAAUGGAAACAUUGUUUUGUCGAACGAAUAUGGCGAUACUGUUCGCCAUGCCCAUCUCUCUCGUGAAAUCAUUUCUGAGAAUGACCUAACAUCAUCCGCAGAGUUAGGUUCAAACAAACUGUCACCUCAGUCAGAGACGAAAAGUACUUCUGCUUCUAACGAAGAUAUGAUGGAUUCUGUGGAGAUGCCUGACGCAAGUAACAAUUCGGAGUUUAUGUCCGACUUCACAGGCUUAUCAGAAGCACCAGCGAACGUAGACAACCGGGCCUCAAGUGGCAUUGCGCCCGCAAUGUCCCACGAAACGUUCUCUGGCACCAUCAUGAUAAACAAUCAAAGCAUCAUUGUCACAAUUGAGAACGGUGUUCUGACCUUAGCUGCAUCGCCCGAGGGCUACACUUACAAAGACGACGGGAUGGUCAGUCUAAAAGAGCACCUUGGUAUGAAGGACCAUGAAGACAUCGUUCUUCUCAACUAUGACAGUGGUACCAAAUCCAUAGGGAAGAUCAGUAACGUUGCAGUGAGUGCCCAGCAAGAUGAGCUAAAAGCUGGCUUGUCUGUAAGUGACACAGAGCUGAACCUUGCUGACGACUCCUCCCUCACAGAAAUCGGUGCUACUUUAGACUCUUGCACUCCCAUCAAGCAGGAGGAUGUCAGGCUGUGUGGCAUGGACGAGGGUCACCCCGGGCCGGAGGAGCAACCUCCCAAAAGUGCCUCCACAGCAACUGGCGAGGAUGAGCUGCAGCCCAUGAGCCUGGCCGGUGUCGUGGGCCUCUCCAAGAAGGCCGCCCUGGUCACCUACUGCUGCCCGCAGCCCGGCUGUACCAGCAGCUUUGAGACCAGGCAGAAGCUGAAGCUCCACCUGCUGUUCCACACGGAGGACCAGCGGCCCUUCAAGUGCACGGUGGAGGGCUGCGGCUGGUCCUUCACCACCUCCUACAAGCUGAAGCGCCACCUGCAGUCCCACGACAAGCUGCGGCCCUACCGCUGCGAGUGGGAGAACUGCGGCCGGCGCUUCACAACCGUCUACAACCUGAAGGCUCACGCCAAGGCCCACGACAGCGAGAACGCGUUCGCCUGCGAGGUGUGCAGCGAGCGGUUCCGCAGCGCCACGCGCCUCGCCAACCAUCAACGGACGCAUUUUGAGCCAGAGAGGCCCUUCAAGUGCGAGUUUCCUGGCUGUGAGAAGACAUUCAUCACCUUCAGCGCCCUGUUCUCUCAUAACCGCACACACUUCAGAGAGACGGGCCUGUACAGCUGCACUUUCCCUGGCUGUGACAAGAGAUAUGACAAGGCCUGCAGGCUCAAAAUUCAUCUUCGCAGUCAUACAGGUGAACGGCCGUUUGUGUGCGAUUCCGAAGCCUGUGGUUGGACCUUCACAAGCAUGUCAAAGUUACUCAGACAUAAAAGGAAACACGACGAUGACCGGCGCUUCACCUGCCCGGAGGAUGGCUGUGGCAAGUCGUUCACCCGUGCCGAGCACCUGAAGGGGCACAGCAUCACGCACCUGGGCACCAAGCCCUUUGAGUGCCAAGUGGAAGGUUGCAACGCUAAGUUCUCAGCGCGUAGCAGCCUGUACAUCCACUCCAAGAAGCACCGUCAGGACGGCACGUGCCUGCGUAGCCGCUGCCCCAUGGCCGGCUGCACCAAGCACUUCUCCUCCCGCAGCAGUCUCAAGAGCCACAUGGUCAAACACCACAACCUGAGCGCAGAUGUGCUGAAUCAGCUGGAGACCACCAGCACCACCCUGACGCCCAGCAGUGAGUUGACCAGUGGGCCCCAGAACACUGGCCCCGGCGCCGGGUCAUCCGGAACCGAGCUGGCCAACCUGGACCUCACCUCCCUCUUCUCCAGCGUCCCCGCCAGUACCGUUGCCGGGCCAGUGCCCAGUGUGGGUGGGCCUGGGGCGGCCGCCGCCACCGCCUUCACCAUGGACAUAUCUCUGGUCAGUAGCGGCAUCCUCACCAUCGACCCUGGCUCGGUAGGCUCCACGCUGGGCCCCAAGACUGUCGACCCCCUGAUCCUGGCGGCCAGCGCGGACAUGGGCUCGCACGUGCUGGACACGGGGCCCCCUGGGGUCCUCCCGCAAGGCACGCUGAACCUGGACGACGUGCAGACGGUUAGCCCCGAGGCGCUGGGCUCUCUGACGACCCUGACCAUCCAGGGGCCCGGCGGUGCGGAGCAGCUGCAAGUGCUGAGCUCCUCAAGCGCUUUGGCCUCCGAGCCGCCCUCGUCCUCCCUCACGUCCACACUGUCGUCCUCGCUCACGCCCGCCCUCUCAGUGUCUGCGGCCCUCGCGAGCACCGCCGUGCCGGACCUGCUGUCGCCACCGCCGUCCAAAGCCGAAGCUGGGGUCAGAUGUCGCGCCUCGGGCCCCCUGCUCGGGGGAGGAGUGGAGGCUCUGGGCCAGACGGACAGCAAGGGGAUGGCGCAGUUUGUGUUCCCUGCCCACAGCGCCACCUACGGCAGCCAUAAGGAGGCGGAACUGGGCACAGUCACACCAUGCACCUUCCUGGAGAGUGGUGGUUCGGCUCGGACUGACUACAGAGCCAUCCAGCUGGCCAAGAAGAAGAAGCAGAAGACUCCAGCAGGUUCUGCAGGCGCGGGGCAGCGGAAGGCUAAGGGCGGUAAGAGUGCCAGCUCUGCGGCGCCGUUGGCUUCGUCCGGUGCGCGGUUUGGGGAAGGAGCGGACUCCGCCAGCGGGGGUUUGACCCUUCGAGACCCAGUGACUGGAGCUCAGUAUGUGCAGAUUCAACUGUUACAGGAUGACCCUGGGAGUGAUGGGGACCUGGCAUUUCAGUUGAGCUCCCAGACGUCGAGCUCUCACUCACAGCUAACAGUCGAUUUGCCAGUCAACAUCCUUCAGGAGCCCUCCACCAUGACUGAGGAGGAUAACGGCUCAGACAACUCUCAGUUCACAGGGAGCACCAUUAACCUGCAGGACUUGGAGUGACAGCUGAGACCGGCGUCCUAGACGCCAGAUGCCACACAAUGAACUAAAAGCCUGGGCACGGCCAACCUGCUGGCCACUUUUUGAUUCCAAAGGAAGACUUUCUUAACGUUUCUUGUCAUUCUUUGUACAGCUCUUUUAUAUUAUUAGUGACUUUAAAAAGUAAUUUAAACGUUUUCAAUGGGGAGCAAUGCACCUUGGGAUGGAUUUGCCAUUAAUCUUAAUAUGGGGCAAUCUUUUUUUUUUUUUUACUCUUUGGUGUGUCUGGACAGUGACUGGCAACCUUUGUUGUGUUUAAGGUUUGACAUCAGACCUGUAGCUGGAGACUAUUGGAGAGAUUGGCCAGACAAGGCAUAUCACACCCCCCAUGAACUCUGCUUUAGGUGUCAUGGCACUUCUUUCCACCUUGCUUGUGGUUUUUGGUUUAUGCCGUUUGGCAUCUGUUGGCUCAAGUGCUCCAUUGCCUUUCUUAUAAUGUCUAAGCUUCUCUACUAUGCCUUACAUGCGUACAUAAACAAACACCAUCACAUGGAACAGCUUCCUGCUCUCUGGUUUUGGUGACAUUUUGUUUUUCGGUUACUUGACAUUUAUUUUUGUAUUCCUUAUGUCUGAGAUGGAGACUGAAAAUCAUGUUCCCAUGUUUAUAAAAGACAAAUGAAAUUGUUUUUUUUGUUUGUUUGUUUUGUUUGUUUGUUUGUUUGUUUGUUUUUAUAUCUGUAAUGUAAGAAAUGAACUUUCAUCUUGUUAUUUAUUAGGUUGGGUUUACAUGACUGAGCAAUCAAUUAAAAAAAAAUCAGUACCUGUAA